AAAUUAUUACAAGUGGACAAGUUACAUUACAACUUGAAAUUGAAAAAGAAAUAGUUGUUAAAAGAGAAAUUAAAAAAUCAAGAAUUAAAGGAGAAAUAUUAUUUAAAAGUAUUGAGUUAGAAAAAAAUAGUA